UGUAUACACACUUUUGUACAAAAUCAGCAAACGUUUGUGUUUACUUGUGUAACUUUAACAUUUUACAAUAUCACAGCGGUGCAAAAAGAUCGUUUCUUACAAUCGCUCUGCUCGAUCGUCAAAAUUUCCCAGCGUCAAAAUAACAGGUCAUAGCUACUAGCAUAGAAUAUUCGGAUUAUGACAUGUAUUUAGUGUCCAAUAAGAAAAAAAAAGUUGUGCAAAAGUAAAUUGUUAAGCAAAAGUUUGGUGUGUAAAAAAGAGAAUGGAAUUUCCAGGUAUUUGGACAAUUUGCAUAAUUAUUUGUGCAUUUGGUUGCCGAUCAGUUAGCAAUUUUCAACAUGUUUCAUCGUUGCGUGUGGCACAGCAAAACCAUCGACCAAAAGUGGUUGAUCAGCAACAGUUUUGGGAACUUAAUAACAAAUUAGGUGACAUUGAAGCCGUACACAAUGUUUUAUCGAAAAUAUUAGUCGAACGUGUUGUUGGUACACCAAAUCAUGCCAUGGUUCGAGAGUAUAUUGUAAAUUAUAUGAAAAAUCUCGGUUGGACGGUUGAUGAACACGAAUUUUUUGACGAUACGCCAUUGGACCGUUUAAAAUUUACAAAUAUCAUUGCGAAAGUGAAUCCAAACGCAAAAAGAUAUUUAACAUUGGCAUGCCAUUACGAUUCCAAACUGAUGGAAAACUUUGUUGGAGCGACAGACUCAGCCGUUCCGUGUGCGAUUAUGAUGAACAUAGCAACAACAUUGAAAGAACAAUUUAAAUCCUUACAUGAUUCGGAAAUAAGCUUGCAAUAUAUUUUCUUUGAUGGUGAAGAAGCGUUUGUGGAAUGGAAUGCAAAAGAUUCAAUCUAUGGUGCACGACAAUUGGCCAAAAAAUGGCAAGCAGAACAUGAACUAGAUAAAAUUGAUUUAAUGAUACUUUUGGAUUUAUUGGGCGCACCAAAACCAACUUUCUACAGUUAUUUCCCGGAAACAGAGGGCUGGUACUAUCAAAUGGCUGAUAUUGAAUCAAGACUCGGCGCAGCUGGCCAAUUAGUUGAACAUGCUCAUAAUAGCGCAACAAUUCAACAUCAAAAACGUAACCAAGGCUAUUUCCAACCGUAUUCAAUUCGCAUGCAAAUUGAAGAUGACCACAUUCCAUUCCUUAGAAGAGAUGUUCGAAUUUUACACCUAAUUCCAACACCGUUCCCAGAAGUGUGGCACACACCAUCCGAUGACUUACGUGCAAUUGAUUUUGCCGCGGUCACCAAUUUAAAUAAAAUUAUCGGAAUUUUCUUAUGUGAAUACUUACAUAUCGGUUCAGCAUCUACCGACCACUGAACGAUCGAGCGAAACGUACCAUUUGACCAAGACAAAAGAAUCAAAAUGUUUUAUUAUGAAUUUGUGCAUAUCUGUAUUUAAUUGCUUGUGAAAAGAAUCAUGUAUAUAAUCUUUUUUAUGACAUUUUAAUUGUUUUUUAUGUGAUGAAAUAAAAAAGGUAUUUAAAAAUAAAUGCUUUUAAGGUG